AUGCAGGGAAAAGAAUGUCGUGAUGUGGGAGGUAGUGCCAAUGGAAAUGCUGCCGAUGACGAAUGGACGCAGUGUAACCUGGAUUGGUGUAACUUGCCUGGUCACUGUAAACAUUCAGAACGAUUGAUAUCCGGAGAUGUUUACCAUGUUGAUGACGCAAACAUCACUGCAUCCGGGAGUUUUGAUCCUUCUAUGGGUACAAACAGAGCUAGACUAGACACACCACAAACGGAAACCUUGAGAGGAGGCUGGGCAGCCGAAUAUCGUGAUGAUGUCAAUCAGUGGAUUCAAGUUAACCUUGGUGACGUUAUGUUAGUGAAUGGAGUUAUUACUCAAGGAAGCGCUAGCUUGAACCAAUGGGUUACAUCAUACAAGUUCUUCUACGGUAAAACCGAGGAGAAUUGGGAGGAGUACAGAAAAGUCCUAACAGGAAAUGUAGACCAAAACAGUUACGUUACUAACGUGAUUGAACCACCCGUGCUAGCCAGAUUUGUUUGCAUUAAUCCUCAAACCUGGUCUAUUCACAUAAACAUGAGAUUUGACGUCAUCGGAUGUUCGAUUCCAGAAGAGGUUCAUUGCAAGAAGUUAACAGAUCCACCCUCUGGCCAUACGAUGAUAUCUCAGCUGAACGGACGGAAUGUUGGCGCAAUAGUCGAGUACAAAUGCUUGCCGGGGAACAGUUAUUAUUCCGGGGAAUUCACAAAACAAUGCAGGACUUAUAGGUCAUGGUAUGGUGAAUGGGUUGGUGAUGACUUGAAAUGUGCAGGGAAUAGUGUGGAUGAAAAGGGGGGCUAUGUAGGGCUGAAUACGAUGCCAAGUGGUGUUAUAACAAUAAAUGAUAGCGUACUCUCGAGUGAACUCAACAACACGUUCUGUUUAGAAACGUGGAUAGAUAUCACUAGGUUAGAACAACAGAAUGCAACUGUUUUUAUUAAGGUGUCUAACACCUUUGGAAUGAUAAUCAGUAAUUCCAUUGACAACAUUGAGCUUCUUGCCUAUCUCACUUCAAAUGAUACAACAAAGACUCACACAGUAAAACUAAAUAUGGAAUUCGUGAAACAUUCAAAUAUACUUCAAAUAACUAUGACAAGAGAUGAGGAAAUGGUCGGAUACUUUCUAAAUGGAGUCAAAAUAAUCACCAAUGUAAUAACAGAAGAACUAGGAACCCCGAUGGAUGAUACCACAAAGGAUUUUCUUGUGUUUGCAAGUGGUGACGUCACUAUCUAUUCAGUGCAUCUGCAAAACACAAGCUGUUUCGAGACGGAGACAUAUAAAAAUGCCCAAACGCUGAAGAAAACUGGCUGUGAGACAUCAGAUAAAAGUAUUAGACUAUCAUGUCAGGGGGACGAUGUGCUAGUUGUUGAUACUGUCGAAGUGGGCCAAAGCAACAACAACAAUGGUAUCAACUAUAUGUGUCGGUUUGAGUUCAACUCCUGGUGCAAUAUCCAGGAAGUGAAGAAUGACAAUGUGAUCAAGGACAUGUGUGAUAAGCAAAAUGAGUGCACAGUGCACUACGAUGAUUAUUCUAUCCUCAGACCUAAUGAUUGUGAUGAAAGCCACAACGUAACAGCAGUUAUCAAAUACCACUGCAUAAGAAAACAAAAUAUAUAUCCUCAGAAUAUAACAACAUCACAAUCGGUUUUAUCGACUGUAAAUGACCUGUCCCCAUACGAUUCUUGUGCUGCUGUACCCUCUGGUACAAGGGAGAUAGCAUUUAAUUUGGGAAGCUGUUUUCAAAUCAAUGAACUGAUAAUUAACUUUAAUAUUUCAUCUUCAUCACGAUCGGACACAAUUCACAUGUUUGAUAUCAAGGUGCAUACUGACGGGGAAGAAAAUGGAAUUGAUUAUUGCAUCAAAGGGGCAGAUGCUCAACAUUCAAUUCCUGUUCUGUAUGAGUGUGGAGAUUCUGUGUUUGGGGAUCGUGUGGCUAUUGUAUUAGACAGCGACCCAAGCCCAGAUUGGAUGAUUUGUAAUGUUGAGAUUUACGCUACACAAGUAUCCUAUGAUCCAGCGACGUGUAAAAAUAGCAACAAUAAUCAACCAACAACUGAUGACAUUGUCACAACAGAUACUGGUGUCAUGACAACUGAUGAUAUUGUCACAACAAAUACUGGAUUCAUCACAACUGAUUACAUCGUCACAACGAAUACAGGAGUCAUCACAACUGAUGACAUCGUCACAACGAAUACUAGACCGAUCACAACUGAUAACAUUGUCACAACGAAUACUACACCGAUCACAACUGAUAACACUGUCACAACGAAUACUACACCGAUCACAACUGAUAACACUGUCACAACAAAUACUGGAGUCAUCACAACUGAUGACAAAGUCACGACGAAUACUGGCACCACCAAAACUGAUGAGAUUGCCACAACAAAAACAGGAACCAUCACAACUGAUGAAAUCGUCACAAGAAAGACAGAGACCACCACAACUGAUGACAUUGUCGCACAAAGAAAUCGAGAUAUUUCAACAACAACCAAAACAACUGUCAUCCUUACUUCAUAUCCAAAACAAACAAUUCAAACUGGAUUUAAAGCAUCGCCAAACACAACUAUGCCCAAGACUACCCCUCUAAUGAUUGUAUUUAAAGACAUAGCAGAGGAAGCUGAAAAGGCUGAUGAAUAUGUGUAUAUUAAAAGAAUUGAGUAUGAGCCGAGUGAAGCAAAAUAUGCAGCCGCUGUGGCAAUCCCAAUCUGUGUCCCACCUAUUAUCUUUAUCUCGGUGGUCGUUAUUCUAGACCUCCCAAAGCUCAUCAUGGAUAUUUCGCAAGCUUACAAUCUAGUUGUGUAUGGCACAAAAAAUAAACCAAAGAUUGGGCCGAAAGCGCCCAUAUUGAAGGCGAAUGAACCUAAAAUUGAAAAUGACAAUAUCAAAACAUAA